AUGAAUGAUAUGUUAAUUAAUUUAUUCCCAAACAUCGACAAUAACAAAAAUAUUAAUAAUAAUAAUGGAUUCAGUAACAACAACAAUUUAAAAGAAGAACAAAGAACAGUACUGUUAGAUUUAGAUUUAUCAAAAAAUAAUAUAGUAAAUGUAAGAAGCGAAAAUAUUGAUUUCUCAAGAAUGACCCAAAGAAAUAUAUAUGGGCACUAUGAAGAUAGCGGUUUAUUGGUCCUAAACUCCACAGUAGAAACAAUGCAUUUUAUAAAUCAAUCAACAAUAUCAAGAUUAUUAAUAGACGGAGUCUCUGGUAGAUCGAAUGUAUUUAUAAAGAAUUCUACAAUUUCAAAUUUAGAGAACUUGUUUGAGGGUAAAAUAAGUGCUGCCUAUAGAAGCAAUCAAUGGAUACCCAAAAUCAUAUUUUCAGGAUACAACAGUUUUUUAGAAAAUUCAAAUAUAACUUUACAUAAUGUCAAUUUACUUUUCGACUCAACAAGUUUCCUCUUUGUAAAUAGAUCAAAUAUAAUUUUAAAUGGUACCAGAAAUUUCGAAUAUACAUUAGCAGGUGGAACAUCUAAUAUCACAAAUACCAUUAUCAACUGUAUAAAUACCUCAAAUCUAUCUUUUAAAAACCAAUCAACUUUUAAUCUAUAUAAUAUUUCAAUCAAUUGCGCUUUAACCAUCAGUAAAAAUUCAACUAUUUAUUUUUCAACCAAUGUAAAUAAUCAAAACACAACUUCAAAUUUAAACAACUAUAUAAUAAAUAUGAAAAAUACAAUUUUGAAUAGUAAUAAUAAUAAUAAUAUAACAAAAAAUAAUUCAACAGAACCACCAAGUAAUAGUAAUAGUACCAAUAUUGAUAGUAGUGAUAAUAGUAAUAAUAAUAAUAAUAGUACCAAUAUUGAUAGCAGUGAUAAUAGUAACAAUAGUACUAUUAGUAGCAGUGAUAAUGAGAGUAAUGGAACCAACACUGAUAGUGGUGAUAAUAGCAGUUAUAGCUCAACAGUGCCCCCUGGUUUAAAUGACGGCAGUAACUCCACUUCCUCGGGAAAUGGUAGUGAUGGCUACAUAGAUAUAUCUAAAACUUAUAAUUCAACACAAAAUUUUAUUCACACAAUUAAAUUAGAGGGUACUAUUGUGUCAGAGGAUCGAUAUCAGCCUAUAUUGGUACAAGACAUGUAUUUAUCAAAAACCUCAGUGCUUAGUUUUACACUCGAUACUCCAGGAUACGGUAAUGAAAUGGUAUUAUCAAAUGGAACCGUUGUACUUAAUGGGACAUUAGCAUUAAACUUAUUACGAUUACCUCUUUAUUUCACACCGAUAGUUUUAAUACGAGGAUCAAAUAUUAAAGGUAGUUUCGAAAGGGUAUCAAUUACAGUCGGUAACGAAAUUCCAAUUGAAACUACAAAUAUAGGUUACAAUUUAGUUUAUAAUAUUAAAUUCUAA